AAAGAAGUGAAUAUAGUUGAAUAGCAAGGAGGAUAAAAUCAAGUAAAAUCACUGUUUAUUAAAAGUGUUAGUUCUUGAAUGAAUAAUAAUGGGUAUCUGUUCCUUUGCUUUGUCCUUCUUAGAUUUCCCAUGGCAGACUUUCAGCCUUUGCUUCUGCUACUUCUCAUCCUGACUACAUCAUUUGCCAAUGAAAAUUAACCUAUAAUCUCCACCGUAAGUGGAAAGGUUCGAGGGAAUGUUUUUAAUGUGCUAGACGGUCAACUUCAAGCAUUUCGUGGAAUUCCGUAUGCAAGGGUGCCUCGCUCUAUCCUAAGAUUCCGUCCUCCAGUGCCUGUGAGUAAAUGGGAUGAUGUGAAAAAUGCCCAAGAUUUACCAAAUUCCUGCUACCAGCUGCGAGAUGAAAUGUUUCCAGGGUUUGAAGGUGCAGAGAUGUGGAAUCCAAACACCCCUGUGAGUGAGGACUGUCUGUACUUGAAUAUUUGGGCCCCUCUGUUCAAGACACCCACACCCAAACCGGAAGAUAGUGUUCCCGUAUUAGUCUGGAUAUAUGGAGGUUCCUUUAUGUCAGGAACAUCCACCCUGGAUGUCUAUCAAGGCCAUUUCUUGUGUAAAUCUCAGAAGGUUGUUGUGGUAACUAUAAAUUACAGAGUGGGACCACUUGGCUUUCUGGCUAUUCCUAACAACCCAAACAUCCAGGGAAAUCAAGGUCUACUGGAUCAGCGUUUGGCACUUAAAUGGGUGGUCGAUAACAUCGCUGCAUUUGGAGGUGAUCCUACCAAGAUAACACUAUUUGGGGAGAGUGCUGGAGCAGCAUCUGUGGGGUUCCACCUGCUCUCUCCAGGCAGCCAGGGCCUCUUUCAAAGGGCUGUGAUGCAGAGCGGCUCCCCUAAUGCAGCAUGGGCCAUAGCAAAUAAAACUGAGUUAUAUGACAGUUAUUUUUUUAGGUAUGCAGAACGUGGCGGUAAGACCUUUUUGUAUUUUUUUGACCAAAUGUCAUCCCCAAAUCCCUGGCCAAAAUGGGCGGGUGUUAUGCAUGGCUACGAGAUAGACUAUGUAUUUGGAAAUACUCUGAAUGAGUCCCGUAAGUUCACGUGGGAUGAAAUGACUGUGUCAAGAAGAUUAUGCAGCACUUUGGCGACUUUGCCCGGACUGGGUAGGCUAAACAGAUUUUCAGUCAGUCAUGCAGGGAUUGUGAGAAACCUAAAAACUUUUUUGUUUUACCUUUUCAGAAAUCCAGAGUUUAACGGAGGUGAUUGGCCAUCGUUUAAUGCUAAAAGUCAGGUGUAUGUCAUUUUGAAUGACGAUAGCAGAGGAGUAAAGAAGAAUUUAAAAGCUAAAGAGUGUUAUUUGUGGCAGACUUUCCUGCCUAAAUUACAGAACAUGUCAGGUGAGACACACACUAACAAGUCAGUCUAUACAGUCUGA